GCCAGACAGCGGAUAAUAAAAGGAAGUGCGAGGGUGUGGUUGCACUUGUUUCAGGUAUCUCUUUGACAUUCCUAUCUUUGUUGCUUUGUCCUCUGCUCUUUGUUCGCAGACUGACCUUUGACCUCGAGCAUCUACUCUUACGUCUGUGGUGCGAAGUCUUCAAUAACGAGGAGUGUUGGUCAACAUGUCGACAUCGAACCCUUCCAUCGAAGACGUGGAGAAGGGUGCUGCUAUGGAUUAUGCCCACCUCACAAACACAACGGUCCACAGCUUCAGUUGGGAGAAUGUCACUGUCACUGUCAAAGAUCGGAAGACAAAGCAGCCACUCGAGAUUUUAUCGGGCGUUAAUGGCAUUGUCGAAGCCGGCGAGAUGCUGGCCCUGAUGGGACCGAGUGGAUCUGGAAAGACUACCUUGCUCAAUGUGCUUGCACAUCGAGCUGCAACAGCGGGUGCGACCAUUCAGCAAACACUGGCCAUCAAUGGUGCACCGACAUCGCUAGCAUCGUUCCGGAAACUCAGCUCAUAUGUCGAGCAGGAAGAUGCGCUUGUUGGCUCACUCACAGUCCGUGAGACGUUGCACUUCGCGGCACAGCUCGCACUACCUAGCUCUCUCAGCAAAGCAGAACGCAAAGCCCGCAUCGAGGGCCUCCUCUCAUCCUUCGGCCUUUAUGACCAAGCAGACACCAUCAUCGGAACACCGAUCCGGAAGGGUGUCUCUGGUGGCCAGAAGAGGAGAGUCAGUGUUGCUGCGCAGCUCAUGACAAGUCCGAGGAUACUCUUUUUGGAUGAGCCGACUAGUGGACUGGACUCAGCCGCUAGCUGGGAGGUUAUAAGCUUUGUGAAGGAGCUUGCUAAGAAGCAUAAGUUUCUGGUCGUUGCUUCAAUCCACCAACCGUCCACCACUACCUUCGAGCUCUUCGACAAGUUUCUGCUGUUAUCGAAGGGUAAGGUUGCGUACAAUGGCCCAGUGCCAGGUAUCAAGGAUUACUUUGCUGGCCUGGGAUACAACAUGCCACUGUACAUGAACCCCGCCGAAUACGUGAUCCAACUCGUCAACACUGACUUCACACGCUCGUCCACCAAAUCAUCUCAACAGCUGGAGCAUCUCCACACAUCAUGGUCAGGCUCACCGAACGCCGCACUCAUUGCCCACCAGAUCCAAGCCAAGUCCAUCUCCCACGACUCUACAGCGACUUUGUCAACCACUCACACAACGGCAAACCCCCUCACGCUCCCUCUAACCCUAGUCCACCGCUCCUUCAUCAAGUCCUACCGCGACAUCGUCGCCUACGGCAUCCGAAUCGGCAUGUACCUCGGCUUGGCCAUCAUGAUGGGCACCGUAUGGCUGCGUCUCUCGCCCACGCAAUCCAACAUCCAGUCCUUCACCAACGCCAUCUUCUUCGGCGGCGCAUUCAUGAGCUUCAUGGCCGUCGCGUACAUCCCCUCCUACCUCGAGGACCUCGCUCUAUUCCGCAAAGAGCGCGCGAAUGGCCUCUACGGGCCAACGGCGUUUAUGGUAGCGAAUUUCGUGGUUGGCGUGCCAUAUCUGUUCCUGAUUGCUGUCCUGUUCAGCGUGGUCGCGUACUGGCUUGGUAACUUUGCCCCGACAGCGAGCAGUUUCUGGACAUGGGUCAUGUGGCUCUUCCUCGACCUGCUGGCCGCUGAAUCCCUCGUCGUUCUGCUCAGCAGCUUGAUCCCGAUCUUCGUCGUCGCGCUCGCGGCAACUGCCUUCGCGAACGGGCUGUGGAUGUGCGUAGGCGGCUUCAUGGUACAGCCGGAGGCCCUCAAUGUGUUUUGGCGCUACGUGUUUCAUUAUAUUGACUACCAGGCGUACGUCUUUAGGGGCAUGAUGGUGAAUGAGUUUGGCAGCAGGAAUUACAGCUGUGAGAAGUUGGAGGACGGAGGGUGUUUUUGUAUGUAUCCGAGUCGGCUGCAGGAUCAGUGUUUGGUGGAGGGCAGAGCUGUGUUGGAGAGCUAUGGGUAUGGGACGGGGGACGUGGGGAGGUAUGUUGGGUAUAUGGUUGUUAUUGUGUUUGUGUAUAGAGUGUUGGGGUGGGUUGUGUUGUGGGUGAGGAAGCACUAGGCAGGGUAGAUGUUAAACUCCAUCCCUGUGGUUCGAACAAAACCAC